AAAUGGAUGGGCACGUGUCACGGUCGUAAAUACGUCACUGAUGUGCGCCGUCGUUCUUUCUUUCUCUCGUCCUGAAGAUGGCGGCAGGGACUAUCUACACAUACCCGGAGAACUGGCGGGCCUUCAAAGCCCAGAUCGCUGCCCAGUACAGUGGUGCUCGCAUCAAAAUCGCCAGCACCCCCCCUGCCUUCACCUUCGGACAGACGAACCGUACCCCUGCCUUUAUUAAUAACUUCCCGUUGGGCAAGGUACCUGCCUACCAGGGAGAUGACGGCUUCUGUCUGUUUGAGAGUAAUGCCAUUGCUCACUACUUGAGCAAUGAUGCCCUGCGCGGUGCCACGCCUCAGGCAGCAGCGCAAGUGCUGCAGUGGGUGAGCUUUGCUGACUCUGAGAUCAUCCCUCCAGCAAGCACAUGGGUCUUCCCUACUUUGGGAAUUAUGCAGUUCAACAAGCAGGCCACAGAGCAGGCCAAAGAAGAUGUAAAGAAGAUCCUGACCGUCCUGAACCAACACCUGAACACUCGCACUUUCCUUGUGGGUGAGAGAAUCAGCCUUGCGGACAUCACGGUGGCCUGCUCCCUGCUCUGGCUCUACAAACAAGUCUUGGAGCCUUCCUUCCGCCAGCCCUAUGUUAACGUGACCCGCUGGUUUGUCACCUGUGUCAACCAGCCCCAGUUCAAGGCCGUCCUCGGGGAUGUCAAGCUGUGUGAAAAGAUGGCACAGUUUGAUGCAAAGAAGUUUGCUGAAAUGCAACCUAAGAAGGAAGCACCUGCCAAAAAAGAGAAGGGAGGAAAAGAGGCAGCCAAGCCCCAGGAGAAGAAGGAAAAGAAAAAGGAGGAGAGCAAGCCUGACCCAGAAGAAGAAAUGGAUGACUGUGAUGCUGUUUUGGCUGCAGAGCCUAAAGCAAAGGAUCCCUUUGCUCACCUGCCAAAAAGCACAUUUGUCUUUGACGAGUUCAAGAGAAAGUACUCCAACGAGGACACCUUGACUGUAGCAAUUCCUCACUUCUGGGAGCACUUUGACCGCGAGGGCUACUCCAUCUGGUACAGUCAGUACAAAUACCCAGAAGAACUCACACUUACCUUCAAGAGCUGCAACCUUAUUACAGGUAUGUUCCAACGCCUGGACAAACUGAGAAAGAAUGCCUUUGCCAGUGUCAUCUUGUUUGGCACCAACAAUGACAGCUCCAUCUCAGGCAUCUGGGUGUUCAGAGGACAGGAGCUGGCUUUCACCCUUUCUGAAGACUGGCAGAUUGACUACGAAUCCUACGACUGGCGCAAGUUGGAUCCAGAUAGCGAUGAGUGCAAGACCAUGGUCAAAGAGUAUUUUGCCUGGGAGGGAGAAUUCAAACAUGUGGGGAAAUCCUUCAACCAGGGGAAGAUCUUCAAGUGAGAGGAUGCUGACAUUUAGAGGAAUUCUGUGCCCCCCCAUCAAAACUAUGGACUUUCAGCCACAUGUGCUUACUUUGCAGCAGAAAUGACUUUGAAUAACCGUGUUUGAAAACAAAGACUUUUUUUUUUCUCAAUGGGCCCUCCAAAACUGGUUUUCUGUUUUUUCUGACCUGUGAAAUAAAGCAUUUUCCUCAAUGCUAUUGAGACAACUUCA